CCAGAUGCAUUACUUGUCAGAAUAAUAUUUUGACAUAACAAUAAUAAUAAUAAAUUUUGAGUUUUUGUUUUUUUUCUUAAAUAGUUUUUCUAUGUAAGAAAACUUUAUGAAUGUCGGAUCUUGUAUCUCUAUGCGUAUUACGAGUCGAAAUCAAUGGUGACGAAACUACAUCAGAAAAUCAAUCAGAAGGAGCAAUGGCGUCAGCUGAACCAGACGUGAUGCGUAGUCAACGUGCUCGACGUGAUAUUACUGUCGAAACAUUUCCAAGUCGUUUAGAAACACCUCGUGACGAUUGGGGAUUAUUACCACCACAUUCUCGUGAAUUGUGCCAACCAAUUAACGAUAACAAUGUUUCAUCAUCCCCAGACGCUAAUUCAUCAGAGAUUGGAUUUUUUUCUGGAAAUCCAUUUGUGGAAUUAACAAAAGGAAUUUUACAUCUCUACAAAGAAGAUGUCCUAAGUUCUGGUUCAGAUGCCGUGUCUUUAUGUUUAAUUGGAGUUCCAGCUUCGAUGACUUGCAAUGAUUUACUAACAUUCAUAGCACCAUGUCAUGCUGAAAUAUCUCACGUACGAAUUGUACGUGAUUCAACUCCGAAUCAGUAUAUGGCAUUGUUAACAUUUCGUAGUCAUGUUUCGGCAAAAGAAUUUUAUUUAACAUACAAUGGAGCGCCGUUUAAUUCUAUUGAACCGGAUUUUAUUUGUCGUGCUGUAUGGGUAUCGCGUGUUGAAUGGGCAACCGAUGGGGAUCCUCCACCAGGUCAUACAGAAUUACCAACUUGUCCAGUAUGCUUAGAACGAAUGGAUGAGAGUGUUGACGGAGUAUUAACAAUUCUCUGCAAUCAUGCAUUCCAUGCUUCCUGUCUCCUAAAAUGGGGUGAUGCUACUUGUCCUGUUUGUCGUUGUGUACAAUCCCCGGAAUUUGCUGAAACUAGUGAAUGUAUGCAAUGUGGACGUCGAGGUGCUGGAGGUAAUACCAAUCCUUUGCAACAAACAACAGAUUCUUUAUGGAUAUGUUUGGUUUGUGGUCAUGUAGGCUGUGGUCGAUAUCAGGGUGGUCAUGCUGCAUCACAUUAUCGUGCAUCUGGUCAUUGUUAUGCCUUACAAUUAGGCUCGAAUCGUGUUUGGGACUAUAAUGGUGAUAAUUUUGUCCAUAGAUUAUUACAAAAUAAAGGUGAUGGAAAAUUAGUAGCGGCUGGUGGUCCCGGAGAAGGUCAACAGGUUGCUGAAGAGAAAGUUGAUGCUGUACAAUUGGAGUUUACAUAUUUAUUAACAUCACAAUUGGAUACACAGCGUCAAUAUUUCGAGGAGAAACUUGUUAGAUUGGAAAGUCAAACGAUAGCUGAAACUGAAGUAUUACGACAGAAAUUAUCACAAUCGAAUCAAUUGAAUUAUGAAUUAGAAAAUAAAGUUGUGGCUUUAACAAAAGAAAAAACUGGUCUAGAAAAGAAAGUUAAUCAGCUGACACAAAGAUUAAAUACAACUCAAGCAGAAUUAAAUGAAGAACGUCAACUUGGCAAAGCAUUACGUAAUAAUCAAGCACAAUGGCAAGCACGUUUACAAGCAACUGAAGAUAAAUUAAAACAAUUAAAAUUAUUAAAACAAAAUGAAAUCGCUGAAUUAAAAGAUCAAUUACGUGAUGUUAUGUUUUACAUAAAUGCCCAACAAGCGAUUGAUAAAUCAGUUGAUAAAGAUGAAAUAUUAGAGGGAACUGUAACAGUUGGUGAUGCACCAUCAUCUCCACCAACAUCUGGCGAUGGUAAUGGUAAUACAACAAAUAAUAAUAAACAAAAAUCAUCAAAAAAUCGACGAAAACGUUGAAAAUAUACAAAAUAUAACUUAUUUAAAUUUUGUAACAUCAAUUUAAUAUGUUUUGUAGAAGUUUGUCCCUCUUCUCACCCUGAAAUUCACAUUUUACAUGCAAACCACUCCCCUGUCCCCACUUUUCAGUAGAGAUGAUUAUAUUUUGUGAACUCACAUCGUGAGAAUAUUAAUUUUAAGCAAAUUUAUGUUGUUUUAUGCGAUGUUGUUUGUUUCUUGUAAUAAAGAUGAUUCUUUGAAUAAAGAUUUUUUUAAAGUUAA